GAGUACAGAAGAAAGUGUGGGCACUCAACAGUAAUGGGAGACUGGAACUCGCUUGGGAAGCUUUUGGAAAGUGCCCAGGAACACUCCACGGUGGUGGGCAAAGUCUGGCUCACCGUACUCUUCAUCUUCCGCAUCUUGGUGCUCGGUGCUGCCGCAGAGAAGGUUUGGGGCGAUGAGCAGUCCGGUUUCACCUGCGACACCAAACAACCCGGUUGCCAGAAUGUAUGCUAUGAUAUAACCUUCCCGAUCUCUCACAUCCGAUUCUGGGUGCUUCAGAUCAUCUUCAUCUCCACUCCGACACUGAUCUACCUGGGCCACAUCCUGCACCUGGUGCGCAUGGAGCAGAAACAAAAACACAACGAGGCGGGCGGGAUGGACAAACAGGCACUUUUGAGCACCAAAUCUGGAAAAGGUCCCAUACGUGACGAACAGGGGAAGAUCCGUCUGCAGGGAGUCUUGCUACGCACGUAUGUCUUCAACAUCGUCUUCAAAACACUGUUUGAGGUGGGCUUCAUUGUGGCACAGUACUUCCUGUACGGAUUCGAGCUCAAGCCACUGUACACCUGCAACAGAUGGCCCUGUCCCAACACCGUCAACUGCUACAUCUCACGACCUACAGAAAAAACCAUCUUCAUCAUAUUUAUGCUGGCCGUGGCCUGUGUUUCUCUGCUGCUCAACCUGGUGGAGAUGUACCACCUGGGUUUCACCAAAUGCCGCCAGGGUCUUCGAUACAGGCGCUCUCAUUCUGUCUGCGACACUGAAUCUAAAGCGCCUAGUGAGGAUGCGGUGGUUCCGUUUGUGCCAAACUACCCGUAUUUUCCACCUCACGCACCACCUCCGGCUCCCUUUCCCACAGAGCCACACUUCAACCUCUCAGAACCCGAUGAAACCUUCCCGCCACACGGCAGCCGCUCUGUUUAUAAGCAGAACCGCGAGAACAUGGCUGUAGAGCGCAGCGGGAAACCGGACGCCGCAGAUGUCAAGAUCAACAAAACAGCAAAUUCUGUCCCCGGAUCACCAAGCCAGCAGCGCAGGCCCAGCCAUUCAAGUCGAUACAGCAACAACAAGACCAGGAUGGAUGACCUCAAAAUCUGA